AUGGCUAAGGAAGCGCUAAAGACUCUACAGUCCAUGUUUGGAGAGAUGGUUGCAUCCUUUGUCUUUGGAUUUGCGGUAUAUUCUGCUAUACUGGGAUCUAGCAUUAGCCAGUCAUCGGCAGAUAAGGUCAUUGUAGGACUAACAGUUGGAUUUUCCGGAAUCGGUGUGAUAUAUUCAUUUUGCGACGUGACCAUUGCACACUUCAAUCCUGCAAUCACUCUUGCAGCCAUACUGACAUCUAAGAUCGAUGUACUUCAGGGACUGGGAUAUAUGUUGGCCCAGUACAUAGGAUUUAUGCUUGCUGUGUGUGCCCUGCUGGUAUGCUCUCCUGUCGAAUACAAGGAGACUUUGGACACAAUAAGGCCAGGACCUACGGACUUUGGAGCAACCAGCCUCAAUGUUUUCUUCGCCGAGUUUUUCCUAACUGCAAUCUUUGUUCACAUUGUCUUUGCAACAGCUGUUAAUCCAUACAAGCCAAAGGUCGACACCGAAGGAAAGUUUGUGGAUCCCGACGAGAAAGAGCCGGUGGAUCGCAGAAUAACUGCACCCCUCUGUAUAGGUCUGACACUUGGGUUCUUGGCAUUCAUGGGUUUGGCCAGUUCCGGAGGUGCAUUCAACCCCGGCCUCACAUUUGCUCCAAUGGCAAUGUCGAACACUUGGAGCCAUUUCUGGAUUUAUCUUGGGGGUCAGUAUCUAGGAGGCUUGACAGGAGGUCUUCUCCAGGUGCUUGUGCUAUAUAAGCUUAGCUCGGACUAG